AUGACUUUGAAUAGGCUAGAUGAGAUCCUGAUAAUGAAAGUCGAAAAAGAAACUACACGGGUAUCAGCGGUGACGACCCGAUCUAAGGCUAGAUCGGGGGACGAGGAGUCGUGGAUCAUGGGCUUAAAAAAGUAUCUGAUCGGAGAGAUCCGAGAUCUGACGCAAGAAGAGGCUAAAAUGCUCGGAUCUAUCGCCAUGGAUUACGAAGUGAAUCAGCAGGAUUUACUCUUCUACUGUCCGACAUCUAAGGAGACGGCCGCAGAUCGGGAUAAGUCGAUGCGACUACGUGGUCAUCAAGGGAUCGGCCGUACCUACGAUCGGAUCCGUGAUCACUUCCACUGGAGAGGAGAGUGCGCCGACUGUGAGACCGGUAAAGAAAGACCUCGGAUCCAGGGCGAAUCGCCCAGUAACCUUCAGGCAACAUACCCAAUUCAGAUCAUUGUCAUGGAUCAUAUACCCUCGCUGCCGAGAUCCUUCAACGGCAACACCGAAUUGCUGAUUUUCGUGGAUCUGUUCUCAGGAUACGUGAUCGCCAAAGCUAGUGCCUCUAGAUCCGCUCAAACAAUCGCCGAGACAUACGAAGAAUGUGUCUUUCGACGAUUUGGCGCGAGCGAGGUGAUCCGACAUGAUCGGGAGCCAGGCUUUAUGUCUGACUUCUCCAAGUCGUUUAAAAGAAUCUUGGGACAACGCCAACGGGCCACAAUGGCGUAUAGCUACUAUGGCAUAUAG